GUGAUGUCUUCCUGAGUGUGAUGAUGACAUCGUCGCAGGUGAUGAUGGCUUCCUAAGCGUUAUGGUGCACACGUCGCGCGCCUUUGGGGCAGCGCGCGUGGAGGAGCAGAAGGAGGCGCUGCUGCCUGAGCUCCUCGACAGCUUCAGGCGCCUCUUCCCGAGCUGGCCUGCUCCGUGCGACGCCUUCUGCCACAAGUGGCGCUACUCGCAAGUGGUGACGCCGGUACCGGAGAGCAGAGGUGGCAGUGUUGGUGUAGGGGGCGGUGAGCUGGUGCUGUCAGGCGACGCCUUCACGCACUCCAACGUAGACGGCUGCAUCAGAGCCGCUACAAGCGCUGCUGCUGCGAUCACUCAAUACGUUGCUAGUCUCAAAACGGCUGAUAAAUAAUUAGUAGAUUGAAUGUUAGUACGUAGUUAGAAUGUUCCCCGUACUUUGAAUAUUCCCAAUUUAUUGUUAUUGUUACCUCUUCUGCUUAUAAAAACCAGUUUCGUAAUUGACUAUGGUUACACAGUCGCCAGACUCUAGCAAGAGAUCAAGAAUACGUUCAACUAAUUGGAGUUUGCACCUAAUGUUGCUUGUGUCUUACAGUAACCAGUCAUGUUGCUGGAUAUCUUUACUAGUGCUAGCUAUCAUUCGAGAUUUGGGCGCUCUACUAUAUCUAUUUGAUUACUUCUUAUUAAAACUGCAAUGAAGAAAAGUGGAUUGGUAUCAUUUUGUAUUGAAUGAAUAUUGUUGAUUUAUUAUUUAUGUAACCUUCAGAGUUGCUGGAGGUUAAAGAUAAAAUUGCUAAAGCAGACCGUGGUUGAAAGUUGAAUUGGAAACGAAUUCUAUUUCAGAUGACUUGUAUAGUGCAAUAUGAAAUAUAUAGUUUUGUCUA